AUGUUUAGAACGGAAGAACAAAAGAAUUCAUAUCGAUCAAAUGGCGAUCACGGUUUCGACAAUCGAUUCGAAAGCAUGCGAGCUAUUUUCAUCGCUAUCGGGCCGGAUAUUGCCGAAAAGACCGAAAUCGAUGCUUUUCAAAAUAUUGAACUGUAUAACAUGUUCGCAUAUCUACUGCGAGUGGAUGCGGCACCGAACAACGGCACCAAUGGUACACUGUUCAGCAUACUGCGCAGUCCACCGCCUCUGCUUGAAACUGCUACACUUCAAAGUCCCCCGCACUGCACCGAUAUGAUGCAAAUCAGGAAGUGCGACGAGAGCUCCAGUUGUAAGGUACGCGCCAAUUUUUCUUAA